AUGGGAAAGUUAGAAGAAAUUGGUAUGUAUAGCUUUCUAUGGCUUUCUAAGGCUUUAACCCAUGUUUCCUUGACUUAAACUACAGCACUCUUCUCAAGAUCAAUGUAAAAAUGUACCUCAUUUCAUGGAUUGCAAAAUCCAGGUCUAGAACAGUCUUUCAAUUUGCUCUGCCACCCCCCAAACUGACCACAAGGUUUUCAAUAGGUCUGUUUCCAAAUUCCAUUGACAUUUGACUUCUGAAGUCAGGUGUGCACAUGACCUAAUAACUUAAUGAGGAACAUUGACCUGGUGAUCCUAAAAUAGCGUCCACCUUUUAAAUUGCUAAUGUAAGUUUGCUAAUUUGUUGACCCACAAAGAACAGUGACCUAAAUUGUGAUUUUAAUGAGCUCAUUGCAAUGGUGUAUACAGGUUCUGUGGUGAUCAUUAAGUGUGUAGCAACUAAUAAACCUUCCAGAGAGCAAACCAAGUGCUAACCAGUUGUUGUUUUUUUAAGACUAUAUCUAACUUGGGAGACCUUUUCAGCACUUGCUAAGAUUAGGGAAGGCAGACAGGGGGUUCUUUGAGUUUUGUUUUUUAGCUCUUACAGUUGAUAUUGAGCCAUAUGCCUCAAUAAUUAGGGCACUGCAAGUAUAUUGAUUCCUUGAUUGUUUACUAAUAUGUUUUACCAGGGCCAGACCAGGACAUUUUGGCACCUGAGGUGAAUUGCAAAAUAGCCUCUCCCCCUCCCCACCAGGGAGGAAGGGGUGAGUGAAAAUCUGGAUUAGAAACCAGGGAGGAAUAAAGAUCUGUUGUCAGGAUCUGCUUCCUCUGUGGAAAAUGCUGCCUGAGGCAGUCGCCUCACCUUACCUCAAGGGUGGGCUGACCCUUUCACAUCUUUCCUUGGUUUAUUGCAGUGUGGUUUCUGGAAAGAACUUAUUUAUUCUUUGCUAUAAUAGUCUAUAUGUGCAAAGAGAAUAAUGAAUAGUAUUUGGAAGCACCCCACUUAUUGUCUAUCACCCGGGGGACGCGGGUGGCGCUGUGGGUAAAAGCCUCAGCGCCUAGGGCUUGCUGAUCGAAAGGUCGGCGGUUCAAAUCCCCGCGACGGGGUGAGCUCCCGUUGUUCGGUCCCAGCGCCUGCCAACCUAGCAGUUCGAAAGCACUCCCAGGUGCAAGUAGAUAAAUAGGGACCGCUUACUAGCGGGAAGGUAAACGGCGUUUCUGUGUGCGGCUCUGGCUCGCCAGAGCAGCGAUGUCACGCUGGCCACGUGACCUGGAAGUGUCUCCGGACAGCGCUGGCCCCCGGCCUCUUGAGUGAGAUGGGCGCACAACCCUAGAGUCUAUCAAGACUGGCCCGUACGGGCAGGGGUACCUUUACCUUUAUAAUAGUCUAUAUGUGCAAAGAGAAUAAUGAAUAGUAUUUGGAAGCACCCCACUUACUGUCUAUCAUAGCAUCCAUCUAUUUCUUUCUUUCAAUUGCCCCAUGACCAGGACUCAGACAUUGUUAGUAUAUGGAAACAUAAUAAGAGCAAGUGGGGAACCACAGUAAUUAAUGGUGUUGUGGAGGAUGCAGCCUAGAAAGCAUUGGCUAGAAAUGUAGUUGAACUGUGUGUGGCAUAUUGAUUCCUAGGCUGUAGAUUUGGACACAUUUGUGGCACCGAAGCCAUGUGCUUGAAUUGCUUGGGUCUUCAGGCUAUGAAGAGUUGGGACAGAGUAGCUCAGGGCAUUGAUUUUAGGAUGUGAGGCUUGAAGAUGGAAUAGGAAUGCUGUCAAUGUGAAUCCCAAAAAAACUGAGAAGGAAGUUAUAAGAAAAUGGAUCUUAUUUCUUGCAUACCAGAACAAUACGUUUCAAGACACUCUUCACUCCUGCACUGUAUUAACUGAUACAAGUGACCUACUUUCUACGAAUAAAUAUUAAUUGGAGGAGGAGAGAAAAUCGACAUUAGCAAUGUUACAAGUGAGAUCUGCAACAAAAUGUUGCACUGUAACCUCCCUCCUAAAAGCAGUGCUCCUGUUCGUGGUUAAAACCAGCCAUUUCCUCCAAACAGGGCACUUCAUUCUCCCCAGCCCUGUUCUAAUUUAAAUAAGAGCCUGGGGAAUCUUUGAUGAAUAACAUUAAGGGUAGAGCAAUUCAAAGGGGUUGGGGCGGGGUAAUCCAAGGUGGAGGAACCACCAAAUCCAAAAUUGUGUUAAUCUGUCUAUUUUCAAACCCUUCCCAUUAGUCAAGAUGGGAAGUAAAAUCAGCAUGUGAGCUCCCUAUUCUGAGUGAGUGUGUACCCAAAACCUCCUCCACAAAAUUCAUUUUACAGUUCUUUUUUUCAUUAUAAACAGCCUUUUAGCCAUUAUUGGAGCAGAGAUCUGUGGAGAAGAAGAAGGUGCAAGAUGUCUUGCCCCAUGAUAUACUCACAUGAUAUUGCACACUUUUAUGCACCCAUUUAUGCACACUUUUAUGCAACCAUUAUUUAAUGUUUCUUCUUGCAUUUGCCUUCUGACUCUCAUCCAUGUUGUUUUCUUGACAGUUUUCCACCUGUCCCAUAAAGUCACCAGCGUGGUUCCAGAAAGUGUCUUGCUCAUUGCGCUGGGCAUUAUCCUGGGAGGCAUUGUGUUUGCAGCAGAUCGUAUUGCCUCCUUCACCCUUACUCCAGACGUCUUUUUCUUCUACCUGCUGCCACCCAUCGUCUUAGAUGCAGGAUACUUCAUGCCAAACCGACUCUUCUUUGGCAACUUGGGCACCAUCCUCCUAUAUGCUGUCAUCGGGACCAUCUGGAAUACUGUCACCACAGGCCUUUCGCUCUAUGGGGUCUUUCUCACAGGAAUAAUGGGUAAGGCGUGGGUAAUCAUUAUUUCAUUAUUAGCUAUUGGCUCAUGUUUUCUUGGGUUGUCCUGGGAUGAGUAACUGUGGAGCUUUUGUCACAUCAACCGCUCCAAGUCAUGAACUUGGUAAGAACCUGCUUUGCGCUGAUACCACAGCUGAUAAUUUAUUACAUAUAUUUAUUGUUAUAUUUUUAUCCUGCCCUUCUUCCAAAGAGAUCAGAGCAGUCUCUGUGGUUAUUCCCUUCCAGCUACAUUCUCACUACAGACCCUGUGCAUUCGGUUAAGUUAGGAUGAUAUGCAUGGUGAACUAGCAGCUUCUGAGAAAACUAUGAUCUUUGCAUUUAAAGAAGAUUGCCCAUCUCAGGUUUCUCAUCAAGAUCCGGUUGCGUAAGUUUCGAAGCCAGAUUAGGCCUGUGUUUAGUUUACCCUUUCCUCUGAAGUUCCAGUAAAGAUAGGCUGCCAUCUUGGUAGCAUUUAGGAUUGGCAAGCCUCUUGAUGUUUGUGUUAGGGCUCAGUUUACAAUAGGUGUAGUUUUGAAAUCAACUAUAAAGGAUUGCUUUUGCUUUCUUUUGUGUGCAGUCGGGACAGUCGCUUUUUAUUCUGAAAUGGAAACCGUGCCCUUUAGUGCCAUUGUUGACUAGGUGAAUGGGCACAUGCCACUAUUGUUCUUCCAAUCUAGCCUUAGGGAAUAGUUCUCUCUCAAAACCUCAGGAUUAUCAUCAAGAAAAAAAACUCUUGUCAGUCUGAAGCAAACCUCAACCACAUGCCCCCUUUGACAUUUAAACACAUUCAAGUGGGGGUGGGGUAGGGAAGAGAACCUUCUUUGCUAGCAGGUUGACUAUUACUUGGUUUUCAGUGGUGCAGUUCAGCCACUAUCACUGCAGACUGCAAACCAUUGGCAAAAUGGAAAUGUGUUUAGUCUGCAAAAUUAACAUGUUCUCUGUUUAAUUUUGAAAAGCUGGGUUUCACUGCUUGAAUGAUUCUGUGGCAAAUGCAGCAUGUGUUAGAGGUGGUCCUAAUUGUAUCUUUCCCAGCUCUAGUUAUUUUGACCUUGAAACUUCAUUAUCUAUGUGCUAAAAAGAAGAUAAUUGGCAUACCUGAUACUAGACACUUGGAGGAGCUGGGGGUAUAUAUCUGUUCAACGUGCUCACGAAUUAGGAGUGUCAUGAAUUAGACCCUUAAGACAGUGGCAGGUUUAUCCAGUAACUUACAUCCACACAAGUCUUAAUAUGGGAAUAGGGUCUAAAAUAAACAAGCCUAACAUUUCAAUGGGAAAUAGUUCUAACCAUGAUGAAACUAGUAAAUCCAGGCACAUGUACACGCCCGCCCCCCCACAAUGCACUCAAGAAGGACCAAGCACAUAAGAAAGGCAAUAUUAAAUGCAACUCAAUUCCCCACCCCAGAAAAGAGUGGCUAACAUUCUUAUGAGGUUUGCUUUGUUGUUCUAGGUGACCUUCAAACUGGUUGGUUGGAUUUCCUCUUGUUUGGUAGUCUAAUAGCUGCAGUGGAUCCUGUUGCCGUGUUGGCUGUAUUUGAAGAAGUCCAUGUCAAUGAAGUCCUCUUCAUCAUUGUCUUUGGAGAGUCAUUGCUUAAUGAUGCCGUAACUGUGGUAAGAUCUUUUUCUGAAGUCCAAAGUAAAAGUAAAUUCCUCAGAUUUAAUUCUGAACUAAUGGUCAAUGGACUGCGGAUAAAUCAGGAAUUCAUUGAAUGACUCAGGACACAGAUAAAUCGGUAUGAAGUAGCAGUCAGUAAAUUUACCUAGGUAAAUAUCACUGCUACAUAGAGAAAAAAAGGUUAGCUGUUUUCAUAAGCACACACUCAAAUUCUUUGCAAAUAGGCUUUCUUCCAUCACAAUUUAAUCACAAAUGUAAAAUAGAAGCCUAUAGAUGUUGCAUUUGGUAGUGUACUGUUAAAGAAAUGGUGAAAUAAGAUACAAAAAAGAAAGAAACAAGAAAUAGUACAUAUGUAGAAAGCAAAAUAGAAAACAAAGAAAGAUAUUGUGUACAUUACAAAAAAUCAGGAAAUUGUUAUUGGUUGACAAUAAAAUGCUUUCUUUGAUUCCUUUAUGAAAUGAUCAAUUUAUCUUCCUCUUAGGUGCUAUACAAUGUGUUUGAAUCAUUUGUUAAAAUAGGAACUGACAAUGUGGUUGCUACCGACUGGGUCUAUGGUGUGGGUAAGUCAUCUUUUAAAACUUAUUACAUCAUUAGUAAGUAUCUUGUGAAAUUUUAAUAAUGAUGUCCUGUUGCCUCAAACACUCUUCACUUUUCCUCUCAUUUGCUAUUCUUGAACCUCAGUGGCACACUUAAAGGAGAGCAAAGUUGCAGCUAUGGGUUAGUUAAGAAGUAUAAAGAUUUUCCCCACCCCAAAGCAGAACCCAUAUCACUGUGUUUGCUUAAUUUGUUUGGUAUUGGUAUAUAAAAAAGCUUGCUUAGUUUCAAGUGACCUGUGAUCUUUUGCAUGCAAAUGUAUAGGUCCCGCUUCUCUGCCACAAAGCAGUAUUGGGAGAGAAAUGUUGGAAGCUGGGGGGGGGUGUGAAUAGAGGGGUGAUUAACCUUUCCCGGCCAUUCUCAUUCCUCUGUGAUUCCCAUCCACCUGGGGUCUUGGCCCUAAAUUAUGUCGGCUUUAUACCCCGUGAUGGAUGAGAAGCAUCUGAGCAGGGAGAGUGGCAGAUGCAAUGGAAGGUUUUAGCACCCCCCCAGCCCCCACUAGGUGCUGACGUGCAGCAGACAGGGGAUCGCUGGGCAUCUGCAUACAGAACCGAGUGGUAAUGCAUGUAAUUCCAGUGUUAGACAACUGAACAUGUUUCCAUCCUGCCUUUAAUAUUAAAAUCAAAUCAAACAACAGUUAGCUUUUGUGCAUAAUGCAUUACAAUUAAUAAGAGUUCUGUAGAAAAGUACCCUGCAUUUCCCCUACAAUUUAAAUUAAAUUUUAAUUUUUUAUUGUAUUUAUAUAACACCUUUCUUCUAAGGAGCUCAAGGUGGCAUACAUUCACGUGUUCCUGUGUUAGCAGGUACUCUUGAAUGGUACACCUUGUGCAGUUUAUUGGAAUGUUAACAGCCCUAUUAUGUUUAUGUCCUUUUAAGGGCUGUCAUAAAAAAAGAUAAGUGAGAAGUUUGCUUGCCAUUGCCAAUGGGUAAAAGGCAACGAUGCAGAAGGGAUGGUUCAUACAGAGGCCAGCUUUGCAUGAGCAGGGUUUUGAGCUGGGUUAUUCUAUCUAUGGUUCUCUGUCUCUCAGUCUCUCUUUCUCCAUGCCUUUCUUCCCUUUUAAAAUCCAGCUUCCAUUUUUUUCUCCCUCCUCCUCUUAAAAAAAAAGUAAAGAAAAAGGAACUACCAUCUUGUCUAUAUAUUAUUUGUGUGCGUGUGUGCUUCUACUGAUUUCCAGUUUGUUUCCAGGUACAAUUCAAAGUGUAGUUUUUGACACCCCGCCCCCAAGCCUAAAGAUCUGGGGCAAAGGUAUCUGAAAGGCUGAAUUUACGCAUAUGAGUUUGCCUUUCUUUAAGACAUGACUGAAGACUCUGCUCAAGCAAUCUCGCCACCCCAACAUAAUUGGAGGCUGUGAGGUUCCUUUCUCUGUGUGUGGCACCACACCUUUGAAGUUGCCUCCUGAGAGGGGAGAUUUUUUAUUAAUAUUAAGAUACCAGAUGAAAAACAUCUUUAGUUUCACAAGCUUUAAGUUAAGCUUUAUAUAUAUUUCACAUCAAGGCUUUAGGUUUUUAAGUCAGGUAGCAUGGAUGAUGGGAAUUUUAGUCCAGAAACAGUUGGAGACCCACGUUUUGGAAACCCUACUUUUUAGGGUCUUGUAUGGCUGUUCUUAGUAUCCGCUGCAGAAUAACUAAUGCACUACUUGUUGUUUAACAUUUAUGUUCUGUUUUAAAGGCUGUUGUAAGAUACUAGAAAUUUUUAGUGGGGGUGGGGAACAGGAAACAAACUUUUAAAGCAAACUAAUAAGCAAAACUAUACCAUUCUUCCUUUGGAUAGCUUAGAGUAGUAUACAGAGGGUUCUUGGUCGCCUCCCUUUAAGGUGGAAUACAGGAUUUGCUCAAGCAAGGAAGCCUUUGCCAACCUGGAGGUCUCCAGGUGUCCUGGAUUACAACUCCCAUGAGCCUCAGGCAACAUGGCUGUGUGGCCAUUCAUGGAUGCCACUCUGAGCUCCAUGGAGCAAGGCCGUGAUGUGACCUGCCCUCAGCAGAAACUCACAAAGCAACAAGCACCUCAGUCAGCUCCACGUGCACAACUGGCUCAAACCAAAAAUUAGUGGUUGACUGAGGUCUUCUUACACCAGGCUUCCUCAACCUUGGCCCUCCAGAUGUUUUGAGACUACAAUUCCCAGCAUCCCUGACCACUGGUCCUGCUAGCUAGGGACCAUGGGAGUUGUAGGCAAGAACAUCUGGAGGGCUGAGGUUGAGGAAGCCAAUCUUACACCUUAUCCCUCCCUAAGAUCCACCUUUCCUGGAUGUGGAGUGUGGCUUCUUAACGGGCCAAGCACCUAUUUCGCUUCUAUCUGUGAUGUCUUCCCUGGAAUGCUCUCUGCACCGUUGGUCAGGCACUGUAGAGCAGGAGGUGCUUAAUACUUCAGGUAAACCAGGCUAUGGGGAAGGCACCUGAGAGCAUUCGGUCUUCAGAUCUGCAAAGGUACAGCGGUUAGGCUCAGGUUCAAUUCUUCAGCCCUGGUUUCCAUGGCUCCCAAUCCUUGUCUCUCUGAGUCUUGGCUAUUGCUUGAUGCUGGGGCCACAGGAAUGUAUGUAAUGGGGAAAGUGUCUCACCAGCAGAACACCUUUUCGGGUGUUCAGGCCCCUCAAUGCAGGUGAAUUAUUAUGAUACCUAGGGAUCUGUGUAACAGAUCUUAGCUCCAUCUCCCCAACUUUCCCAGCCACCAGAAGCAAAGACUAAAAAGUCAAUAAACCAAAGUGUGUAUUGUUUUUAAAAAUUCAAAGCGUUUUAUAAAAAUUCCAUGUGAUUUUUGUCUGGUUUUGUUCUUGCAGUGUCUUUCUUUGUGGUGAGCAUUGGAGGUACUUUAGUCGGUGUUGUCUUUGCAUUCCUGCUCUCGCUUAUCACUCGUUUCACAAAGCACGUCAGAAUAAUUGAGCCCGGAUUUGUGUUUGUUGUCUCCUACUUGUCUUACUUGACAGCUGAGAUGCUGUCACUUUCUGCCAUCCUUGCGUAAGUUUCAGUUAAUUAACUGGUGUUUCUUUCUAUUACUGCUGGAGAAAGGGGUCGUUUUAAAGCGAUUGUAAUGCCCAGCUGAGUUCGAAAACAAUUCUAUCUGUAUUAAAAAGACAAAACCAAAGAAACUCGUGGAAACUUGGGGAGAAUGUCCCAAAACUAUUAGGCUUGGAAGUCAUUUGAAGACCCUUGGGGAAUUCUAUGGUUUGUUGUGCUGCAGAUUACAAUAAUCAAAAUGAUUAAAAAUAGCUAAACUACCAGCUAAACCUUCAUAUAACAGUGGCACUAGCAUAAUGGGGAUCGUACUGUUCCUUUAAGAUACACGUAGGGAGAGUCGGGGCCCUUGCAAUGUGGACUGUGUCAGGGCUGCACUAUGAGCAGCACUCUUGGGUGAGCCAGGAAGCAGAAGCCAUGGGACAAGGCAGGAGUCAGGCUCUUAGGGCCAACCAGGAGGCCAAGUUGAGGAGCAAGCUGGAAGUUUGGACCGAAGGACAUACCAGGAGGCAGGGGUCACCUAUCAUCUUCCAUGGUUCAGUUCCCUCUUUUUUGGGGAGGGGGGACGUUUAUUAGAAUUUUAAAAGAGAGAUAAAAUAUUUUUCUCAAAUAUUGUUUUUAUCCAAACUGAAACAUUAAUUUUGAUAAAAACACAGAUCCAGAGGAAAAGGAGAGAGAGAGAGAAAUAAAGGAUUAAAAGAGAAAAAAUGAAGUUCAGAAACUAAUGAACUUCUUAUUCUUCAUAUGUCAGCUAUGUAUAAACAUUAUUCAACUCAUCCACUCCAAUGUAACACCCAGCAAGACUCCUUUCUAUAAACCAACAUUAUCUUCAGUUCAGAGGUUAACUGCAAAGAGCAGCCAAACACAGAUCCAAUAACGCCUGACAGUUGUGGCAGUUAAACUUUUUUAUUUCCAUUGCCUGCCAAAGGAUUUGGCUCAGGUAGGUCAGUAUUUCAGAGGGAAACAAAACAUUUAGGUGGAGGUCUGCUUUUAGAUUUCAGAAUAGAACAGUUUAGUAGAUAUGACAAUGCAGAACAAGUUGCUGCAAAGAUAAGUGAUUAAGAUGUGUGCUGAAUUUCUUUCAGUAUAACUUUCUGUGGUAUCUGCUGUCAGAAAUAUGUCAAGGCAAAUAUUUCAGAGCAGUCUUCUACCACUGUGAAAUACACCAUGAAGAUGUUGGCGAGUGGCGCAGAGACUAUUAUUUUCAUGUUCCUGGGAAUUUCAGCUGUUGAUCCUAACAUCUGGACUUGGAACACAGCCUUCAUACUCUUGACGCUGGUCUUCAUCUCUGUCUACAGAGUAAUUGGUAAGGAAACACAUUUUCCUACUAAGAGUGGUAAUUUCAGCUUUUGGUCUCCUUCAUGUUAUAUCACCGGCUGGGUGGAAAAAUAAAUUAGAACAUUUUGCAGGUUUUUAUCAGGGACCUUGUUUUCAUUGCUGCUUAAAUUCUGCAACAAACUCUCUACAGAUAUGACAGUUCCAGAUUUUUAUGGGACUGUGCAAUAGAACUGUAUUGUUCUCCUCCUACAGUGAGUAUCCUCCUAGCAAGAGCAGGCUGCUUGCAUCUCUCCCACAUUCUCCUCUUCCUGUUGGCAUUUUGAUCACUAAGAGAGCUGCCAGGAAGGUGGAAUCUGUACUAUGUCUGCUCUAGGACUUGGCUUGGUGUGCCUUUUAAACAUCUCUGAGCUCCAGGAAACUGUCCAGCCUUGUUGCUGGUGGCAUUGGUUGGCGCUGGCCAUCUCCUCAGCUUAGAAGUGGUCCAUCCCAUUUUCCAGAUGCUUCAGAAGUACCCCUUCAUCUCUUCCCUUGUGGAAGCACUUAAAGCAAGAUGGUCCAUCAAGGCUUUUUUGGACAGCUGUAGGCAACAAUUGACCCCCUGUCUUCCCAAAGCCAGGUAAGGAGGCGCUGACAAGGUCCUAGGGUCCUGCAGCCUCUUUCCCAAAGCCUAGUUAGUGCUUUCUCAGCUUUGGGAAGAAAGGAGGGGUUCUAGGACCCUGCCAGAGCCUUCACGCCUUCUUCCCAAUGCCUGGUGCUUUGCUUAACCGGCUUUGAGAAGGCAGCACAAGUGCUGGGGUGUGCAUGUGUACCAGAUUUUGACCAUGUUCCCUGCCCGCCCCUGCCUCCCCCCCCCCCCGCAUGACAAGGCAAUGUGCAGCCCCUGGGUUCCAUGCCAAAGUACCCUUGCAGCCCACGUGGUAUGAAAAGUUGGACCGCCCUGACUUAGAGGAUCAGACUGAUAGUGAAGAAACACUGCCUUCAGUUGGGCUGAUGUGAGUAACCCCUGAUAGCUUAUCAGAAGCAGAUUUAAGAUCAUCUUCAUCUGCAGACCCACUAUACGACUUUAAUAUAUUAAAGUUGACUAAAUAGAUGAGAUCUGAUAUCUGAAAUUUCCAAUCAUCUUUUUACUAGUGUGCUGAUUAAUUUUCAGCAAAAAUCAGAACUGCAGUUAGCACCUGAAAGUUUACCUAUGGAAAACAUAAAACCCAUACAAUUGCGAACCCUUUUCUCCACUCCACACUAAAUGUGUGGAAAGCAACAUUUAAAAAACUGGCUCCCCCACUACUCCCCUUAUCCCUCUUUGCUUUCACCCAUCUUUUAAAGAAGCAGGGCAAUACUUAGAUUGGAAUGGUUGGGAACAGGUGGGCCUUUAUAGAUUAAAAUAUUUUUAUGCAGACAGUAUCCCCCUACAAAAAUAACAAUUCCUAGCUGCCAUACCAAACCUUAAAUAGUCAUGGUACCACUUCAACCGGCUGUGAAGAUUGCUGUUAAACCCAGACAUUUCCACUCAAGCAAACAGGAAACUAACAGCAAUAGAGCACAUCUUUGUUAAUUUCUCUCCACUCUCUAAGGGCAUAGCUUUCUCAAUUUAUAAAGCUCUAAUAACACUAGAAUAUGGCAAUCUAUUGUUCACAAAAAUGCCGUGGGAAAUGGACCUAGAUGUGCAAAUACCAACGGUCUAGUUUCUGCAAAAAUAUGGGAAGCCUCAUUAAAACUUCUGCAUAGGUAGCAUUAUACACUGGUGAGACUGUCCCGAAUGUGUAAGGAAGUCAAUCCCAAUUGUUGGAGGGGAUGCAUAGUCAAGGGUACAUAUUUCCAUAUGUGGUGGUGUUGUGACAUUAUCAAACCCUUCAAAGAAAUAAGCUGAGUAUACAACAAAACAACGGAAGUGUCCCCUGCACUAGCACUGCUUGGGCUUAGGAUCCUGCCUGCUCAUGAUUAUUCCAAAGAUGACCUCUUAGCCUUUCUAUUGACUGCUGCCCAUAUGGAGACAGCCAGAUGUUGGAAAACUGGUGUUGGUCUAACAAGAGUACAGUCAAUAGCACUGGCUGAGAAACUAACAUGCCAAGUGAGAGCAGCAAAGGACAAACACAAGCCAUAUUCCUUUUAUAACAUAUGGGAAAUGUUUAUUGAAUACAUAAAUUGUUCAGACUGUGGCAUGAAUCCACUCAGCACUCAUGGGAAAAUGUGACGUGAUCUCUGAGUAAUCCAAUGAAACUUCAAUACAUGGCAUGACAGAAGUCUGUAAUUCUGUCAGGACAAGUUGUUUAUUGUUGUAACAAUUGUUUUCUCAAAAUUUAUCUUCUUUACCAGGGAAAUAAAUAAAACCACUAUUAAAAAAACCAAGCCCUAUGGAAAGCAGUUAAAACCUUUUCAAGCAAUUGUUUUGUUUCAAACAAAUCCAGCAAGAGAGUUCCGUGUGUGCAACUGCUGUGGAUGCUCAUUGCAGUGCUCACCAUUGAACAUAAUGGGUUGUCCAGUACAGAUGAGGCUGCGCAUGUAACAAAACACGAGGAAAGCUGGAUCACGGCAGUGUCUGUUGCAUUCAUUAUUUGCCAGAUUGUUCCUGCCAUAGGCAAAAUUGCCAUUUCUAGGAAGGAAAUGUAUUUUGGCAGCAGCUUUGUGUUGUGAUGCUUCAGUGGUCAUGCCAUUCUUAAUUCCAAAGUGAAUAUUGUUAUGCGGGCUUUUGCUACUCUGAAACAUUUGCUUUAACAGGUGUAAUUCUGCAGACUUGGGUUCUAAACCACUACCGAAUGGUCCAGCUGGGAAUAAUAGAUCAAGUGGUCAUGUCAUACGGUGGACUCCGUGGUGCUGUUGCCUUUGCUUUGGUAGUAACCCUGAACAGUAAAGAUGUCGCAGAAAGAAACCUGUUUGUCAGCACAACAAUCAUUGUUGUGUUUUUUACUGUCAUAUUCCAGGUAAUUUUAAUUGUUCAGCCUUUCUGUUGCUUUUACGGGUAAAGUGCCGGGUUAGGCGUUCUUCUUGAACCUAGUAUGGGAGGGAUGUUUUGGCUCACGCAUCCUUGUCGUGUCCUCUUCCCUUCCGGUAAAAAGCAGUGUCUGACCAUCUGAAUGCAACGUUCAGUGGUAAGCUGUUUGUCGUGGAAUGAAAUGAAAUCUAGGCAUGCAGACGGUGCAUGCAGCGGCUUAGCAGGUGGAGGUGGGGAGAGACUGCUAGGAAGUAAAGUCUGUGAGGGCCCAAUGAAGUAUCAAAAGCAGAUCUCAAAUGCUGGCUUUAUAUUAUGUCAGUGAGCAGGGAGUAUAAAAAACUGUGUGCUCUGUACUAAAAACCUAAAACCUCUGUGUCAGACCCCCAUGUAUUAGUUGAUCUUGAGUUAAUAUUUCAUGAGACAGACUACAGAAAUGUUAUUUGCUAUUUGUAAAUCCUUAUCACUUUCUUUAAAUGAGGGGAAUUUAGAGGCAGGGAUACCAUUUCUGCAUACAAGGCACACACAAUAUAAGUUUAUGAAAUUUGUUAUUUAGUUUGCAUAUGCAUUGAUCAUUAAAGUGUUUGUAUUUUAGACCAGUGUGGCCUUCAUUUAAAGACAUGCGUUCCAAUAGAUGCAGGACAAGACUGUGACAGGACAUGGACUAGUGAUUAACAGGCAGCUACAAGUAGUUUAGAAGCUGGUGGAGUGUGGUGGGAGACAUUGCCCAAAGUUCUCUAAGGGUUACAGGUUACAGGGUUGUUGUUUUAUUUCACCUGAACAGCAUAACUCAGUGGUUGUAUCUGAUGCUCCUUUACUCAUGACUGAGAUGUGGAAAUUGCAUGAGGGAUGUGGUGACAUAUGCCAUGCCAGUCGGGAAGGAACCCACUCAGGUCUCCCAUUCCAAACAUUUUCAGAGUGGCAUAGAACAUGUCCAUUUAGAAGGACCAGCCACCCAAGCCCAAGCAGCUUAUUUCAGAAUAAAGGACCUAACAGGUGAGCAGAGAUGCUUGCGCAUUAUGUGACUGCACAAGCGCACCCUCUUGACUUGUUACAACUCACUGUGUCAGAUCCACCCACUCUCAGAUCUCAGUCUGCUCAUCCGUGGUAUGUGGUGAAAACAUUUGGUGAUAUUUCUUUCAUCUUUGAGAUUUUUAGUGUCUAUAAUACAUGCACAGUCUUCUACUGUAUUGUUGCUUUUAAUUGAGGUGAGAGUAAUUUGUCAGUUUUCCCUCCGCAGGGUUUGACAAUCAAGCCUUUGGUGCAGUGGUUGAAAGUGAAAAAAAGUGAGCAGCGAGAGCCCAAGCUGAACGAGAAGCUCCAUGGCAGGGUAAGCAGGUCUCAUACUCAGAACAAAUAGAGGUCAGUGAGGUCAAAAGACCCUGCCACUUCCUAAUAAUACCUCAGUAAUAAUACCACCCUGGUAAAUUCUAGCCCUUGCUUGUUUGGGUAGCAAGCAGUGAGAAGGCCUGUGCUCCCAGUUCUCUCUCACUGUAGCUGUGAUCAGUAGGAGUUGGUGGCAUCUGCGCACUGGCGUUGGGAUAGCCUGCAGGGGGCUGGACAGCCAACUCUUCUGUUGUUGUUGUUGACGUCUAUCUUGAGAGACAAUGAAGUGCGCCUCCGGGGUGAAGUCAGUCCGCUAGAGAUCACAGCGCCUGCUGUGGCUGUAGAGACCGGGAGCUCAUAACUGUUGCCUCCCAUGUUGUUUCUGCUGUGUUAGUAGCACCAAAGUGAUCUCCCCAGGGCACAAGCCUGGGCAGUGUGUAUGGAGGUCUUGGGCUGCCCAGACAACAAGACCCUUCCCCUCGGCCUCACUGAUGUGGUCCAAAGGAAAGCAGAGCAAUACGUUUGGCACCAGCUUGGCUGCAGAAGCCACCAGAAGGAGGCACCUUUCUACCGCCUUAGGGACUCCACUCUGGAUUUGUGUCAGGUGUAUUCCUUAGCUUUUCCUUCUCCCGAAGAUGUCCCACAAAGCAGUGGGUAAACUCUUCCAACGCUACAAUUCUGUGAUUCAAGGUAUCUUCAUAUACAGAUGAAACCCAUUUUAGCUACACAAGUGGGACUUGUAAUAAUAUGUUGCAGUGCAGCGUGUUCCUGUUCAGACUUUCAGGCAGCCAUGGAUACUCCCUUCUGCCCGCCUCCUGCAAACAAUCACUCAGCAUUCGUUUGUUUCAUCCACAUCUGUUUUUGGACUUCUGUAAACCAUACUAAUUGUGCACCGAUUGUGCCAUUUUGAUUACAUAAGGAUAGGCCAGGAGGCAUAGGCAAACUCAGCCCUCCAGAUGUUUUGGGACUACAACUCCCAUCAUCCCUAGCUAACAGGACCAGUGGUCAGGGAUGAUGGGAGUUGUAGUCCCAAAAACAUCAGAAGGCUGAGUUUGCCUAUGCCUGGGAUAGAUACCCAGAAAAUGAGAUCACUGUUAGUAUAGAAGUGAGAGGGCCUUUUCAAUUGUGGCUCCUCAUCUGUGGAAUGUCUGCCAGAUGCCAUCAUUGGCAUCUUUUUGGCACCAGGUAAGGAUUUACCUUCCCCUCAGCCCACAGGCUUUUGAUAGACUAAACUUACGAUGUUUGUGUUUUCUGUGCUGCCAAAGCUUCCUGUGGUUGUUAUGGUGGUGGGAUGUGUGUGUUUGUGUGUACGUACGUGUACAUACAUGUAUCUACCUAUAUACAUAAAAAUGUAAAGCUGUCAUUGCACAGGCCCCCAUUGGAGAGUUUGUAGUACCUCAUCACAUUCCUGGCUUUGCAUAAAGGGGGAAGGGAGCAAAAGCGAGGGCAAGUUUUUAAAUGGUGCAUUUAAACAACAGAAGAAGUUUGAAAUAAGGAAACAGAGGAAAAACUUGUGAUUUUAAACAGUGGCAGAGGUGUGAAUUGCGCCUGGCAAGCUGAGCCCUCCCUGCACUGAUUGCUUUGAAGCAGCCAACUGGCACCUUCCCCCAAGGUCUUUGAGGUUCGCCACUUCGGCUCCUGCUGCAAAUAACUUGCAUGUUGGGGAGGCGGGGGCUGCUGGACCCUUCCGGGUGGGAUACAGGAGGGCCUGGCUUUGCUGAGAGUAGCUUGACACAGCCUGUAGGGAGCAGUGCUCAAGUCCUGUGAUCAGCAAUCCUACUGACAGCAUGUGGAAGGUGCAGAGUCAGGGUCCCAGGCUCUGGGACAGAGGUCAGAAUCUGGUCUUUUGCACUACUGAUACCAAGAGUGACUCUCACAGUGGUACUUUAUCUUUGGUGUGUAUAUGUUGACCAAACCCAGCCUCUGUCUGCAUCUAAACGGUUAUAUGUUAGUCUGCAAUUACCCAACCACCUUUUGUGGUCUUUGUUUUCACAGGCCUUUGACCACAUUCUUUCAGCUAUUGAAGAUAUAUCUGGUCAAAUAGGACAUAAUUACCUGAGAGACAAGUAAGUGGAGUCAGGCACCUUUGUGUUACGAGAAUGGAACAGUUUGACGAAUGGAAAAGGUGGACUAAAAUAGCAUGAUAGGAUAGCCUGACAUCUGGUCAUCUGCUAAUCAAACUAAUAUUUGGCGAUACAGGUCAAUGCUGAGAAACGGCACAUGGGAAAACCCUUUCUCGUAAGCUUUGGAAUUUCUGGAAUUCUUCCCACUCUUUUGACAUCAGAGUUACAGCUCUUUGCAUUAACUGUGCCAGUUUAAAACAAUUCCAAAAUUUCCAUAUCUUAAUCCCCUUCUUAUGGGUGCCAAAUACUUAUUUUCUUAGUUUGCAUUUUACUCUCCAUGGAAAGGCAAACUUGUGAGGCCAUUAAAACCAUGAUUUGAUUUGAUUUGUACCCUGCCCAUCUGACUGGGUUGACCCAGCCCCUCUGGGCUUAACUCGACAAGCUUCUCUUAACAUCGUAUGCCUUGGCAAAAUAACUUGGAAGGUCUCCCUUGCUGUUUACCUUGAACACUUCUUCCAUAGCCUUCCGGUAUCAUAGUGGGGUCCAAGAGAGGGAGGGACGUGCCUCCCCAGUUCAGGGUGACAGCCAGGCCCAACUGCUCACUAUUGCGGCCCCUGGUCUGGCUGGGCGGUUGAGUGUAUCUGUCCUGAACAGCAGACAGCACGACUGCCCCCCCUUCAUUGGAAGGAAGGGGAUGUGGGACAUUGGGGGCAGCAUUAAAGAACAUGCAGGUUGCAGUGAAAAGCUGAACAUCAGGUGGGCUGGUGUUGGGAACCAGUGCUGCAGGGACCUGCUACAGGUGGCACUGGGAGGGCGGACAGAUGAGGGCAGGAACUGGUGCAGAAAGUGUUGCUUGUUUGUUUUAUAAGUGUUGGCCCUAAAAGGGAAUGGCAGUAUUUGGGGCUGCAUUUAAGGUAGUAAAAAGUAUUAGAUCUUCUGAGGUAAGAGGUUAGCUCCCUGCUUCAGAAAAGGGGUACAGAGGGGAACACUAGCCUUACCUCCCGACAGUGAUUCAUCUAUUUAUUUAUUUUUCAAAAAAGUGAAAUUUUCCCUUUGGUGAUUUGGCUACAGGAUUCUCUGACCUGACUGUACAUUGUGUGCCCCCCCCAAAAACGCCCCAUUUCCUCUAAAUUACCCAUUUUGAGCCCAAUCACAAAAAAAGAAUUGGAUGUCUUCAAGUUAUAUUGUUAUUGUCUCCACACCAUGGGAUGGGGUGCCAACCUUGAUUACCUAAUGCUAAAUGUGCCCCAUUUAAUUAAUAGCUGCUACAUAUGCUGUGUUUGAAUCAUCAGGUGGACUAAUUUCGACAGGCAAGUCCUCAGCAAAGUACUGAUGAGAAGGUCUGCUCAGAAAAGUAGAGACCGAAUUGUUAAAGUUUUCCGUGAGCUCAACUUGAAGGAUGCCAUUAGCUACGUGGCUGAGGUAAUUCUAAAUAUAUUUCACGAUGAAACAUGUCUAUUUUAGGUUUGUUUCUGCCUUUUGGUAAUAUAUUAGCACUUUAGCAUACAUAAUCAGGCCCAAGUUAAGCAUUUUUCAUCCCAUUCAUUUCAAGGAUAAUUAUAAGUCUGUUGAACUCUCUUCUGUUGUAAUGAAUGGGAUCUAAGGUUAUAUCUGUAAUCUUGGAGAUAAUACAGAGAUCAUAGUAAAUCUAUUUCAUUGGCACAAGCAACAUAAGAGUCAACAGGUUUAGGAACAAAAGAUUACGGUUCAUAGCACUAUGUGAUGAUUUUUGGUCAGAUGUGUAUUGUUUGGUUCUCCAAACUUUAACUCUUUGUAUGGCUGGAUCUUAAAGUCCAUCACUUCUGAAGAAUCCACUUCAGUACCUGCCUUGAUACUUGGAGCAGAGGUGGUCUUAUUUCAGGUUUGUGGAGUAUACUUUAUUAUUACCAGCCAGUGGCAGAUGCACACAAAGUUGUGUCUUCAGAAGCCAGUAACCUACCUCAACCUAUGAGCCAUACUCUAAAAUAUCAUUCAUUGCUUAAAUACAAAACUACAUCUGAAUUGCUACAGCUAAGAGAUUAUAAUACAAUAUUCUAAAACUAGCCUCUGAAACACUCAGAUUUUACAGAUGAAGAACCCUGGGGCUGUGAGAUAAUCCAUUAUUCCAUUAGUCAGAUACAGUGGUGCCUCGCAAGACGAAAUUAAUCCGUUCCGCCAGUCUCUUCGUCUUGCGGUUUUUUUCGUCUUGCGAAGCACGGCUAUUAGCGGCUUAGCGGCUUAGCGGCUAUUAACGGCUUAGCGGCUUAAAGAAAAAGGAAACAAACUCGCAAGAACUCGCAAGACGUUUCGUCUUGCGAAGCAAGCUCAUAGGGAAAUUCGUCUUGCAGAACGACUCAAAAAACGGAAAACUCUUUCGUCUAGCGACUUUUUCGUCUUGCGAGGCAUUCGUCUUGCGAGGUACCACUGUAAGCAGAUAGUAUAAGGCCAGCGGUGGCACAGAUUGAUUGUUGCUUUUACUUGCUGCCUUUAAACUAAGGGGAGUCAGAAUCCUUGCCAAUCUAUUGUAAACUGAUCAGAGAUCAAGUAGAUCCCAGUCUACAUCCUGCAAACCUCCAGUGUACAUAAUCUACCGGGACUUGUUCUAGUUAGCGAAAACAUUUCUCCAGAGGUAUGAAUAUUAUUUGUUAUUGCUUUUAGCUCAGAGAAACCAUAUGAAACUAUUUCCAUGUUUUCAUGAUGCUUCUUGUUGCUCCAGUAGCUCAAGAGCCAUAGUAAAAAAUAAAACUUGCUCUCUACUUGAAAGCCCCAUAGUCCCAUGUGUGUGAGUGUGUAUGUUGUAUUCUUUGUUGAACAGGGAGAGCGAAGAGGUUCUCUGGCAUUUAUCCGCUCAGCAAGUAUUGACAACACGGCCAAUGUGGAUUUCAGCAUUAUUAAUCAAAUGAAUGGAGAGCCCUCUGUUUCCCAGUUGCUGUAAGUAAGGCUGCAAGUUUUGCCUCGUACUUUAUGAAUCCAGUUUUAUUUCUGCCAAUAGCUCAAAAGCUAAUGCAUCACAAGUCCAGUAGGGAAAGAAAUGUGAAAAGGUACCUUUUGGGUACAGUCCAGCCAGAAUUAAGUACUUAAAGUCCCAGUGCUUUUAAUGUGACAGAUUCCGUAAAGCACUUAACUCUCCCAUUGAGAUUGAUGGGACUGGGAAGUGGUUGACUUGGCUUUCCUGCUUCUAUUUAUUUGAUUUGUAGCCCACCCUAUUCCAUGGGCUCAGAGCAGCUUAUAGCAGUCUUUCUGAAUGUCAAUAGUUAGGUCCCCAGGGGUUUGCAAUCUAAAGGAGUUAUGCAGCACAAUCCUAUGUAUGUCUACUCCCACUGUGUUUAAUGGAGCUUACUGCUCAGUAUGUUUAGCACUGCAGCAUUUUGAGGCAUAUCUACUCAGGAACUAGUCCCGUUGUUUUCAAGGGGCUUACUCUCAGGUAAAUUGUGGUGUAUUAGAAUAUAGCCUACAGGUGUGGGAUUGCUUGUUUGAACCCUCAUGCAAGAAAUUCCUUCCUGCCCAUGUGCUGCUGGUUUUCUAUAUAUGAACAAUUUCUGGGAUGGGGACCAUUCAAACAUACCUUAGUUAGACCAACACUGUUCUGCUGUCUUCCAACUUUGUGGUUGCAGUAAGAAACUAGGAGCCUGCCUACACACCCUUAGGACAAUUGCUCACGUUCCACAUGUAUUCCUUUCUGGUGAACAGAAAGUGCCAAGUCCAGGUGUGUGUGCUCAGUGUAACAAGGAGCCACCAGGAGCUUGUCCCUCUCUAGCUUCCUCUGAGAGAUGGACGCUCCCUGCAAAGGCCACUUCUAAACUGACCACAGAUUAGUAUCAAAGAAUUGUUUCGUGUGGAUUCAAUUAUGUCUGUGUUUUAAUGUUUCUAGAUUCGCUGGUUUUGUUGUUUGUUGAACAGAAAGCAAUAGAGAGACGAGGGAGGAAAGGAGGGAGAAUGGAAGAAUGAAUAUUUAUCUGUCUAUUUUGCUUUAGGAGAGAAACUGCCAGUUCUGUGUGUCUUGAUAUGCAAGCCCUGGAGCAGAGAAGAAAAAGCAUCCGAGAUGCAGAGGAUAUGUUCACCCACCACACUCUACAACAGUAUUUGUACAAGCCCAGGCAAGAGGUGAGACCUUAAGAACACCCCAGUGCCAGAAUAGGAGACUCUAACAAUACAAUAUUUGGAUAUUCUGGGAGAAAUAGAAUAGAAGCAAAAUGGACCUUUGUCUCUCAUUAUGAGUAGCUGUAGCUCACAGCAAGAGCUGUUCUAUAAUUCUGCAACCAGGAAGUAGCUCUUCUGCCAUGGGCAAGAGCAUGAACAUCCUCUUGUGAAACCAAGAGCAUGAGAAGUGCUAUAAACCCCACCAGUUAUAGCAUUCCAUGUACUCUUUUUCAGAAUGGUUUGCAGGACAGCAUUAGCUGCUAUAUUUCUUCUGCUCGUGGCUCUUUGGAUCCAAACCUGAGAGCCAUUUUGGAUGAUCCAACUCUCCUAAGUCUCAUUAUAAGUGGGAACAUGUGUAUUUUGCGUUGGAGGGAGAUGCAUGUGCCCACCUUUCCCUGGUUUCAGAUGAGACCUGGAAGCUUGGGAGAGGAGGCAGAAGUCUCUCACACUUCCUCUCUCAACUCUGCUUUGAAAUCUCCAAAGCAGCUCUGGGGUGGAGGUUGCAAAGUGCCCCCACCUGUGUUCUUCUUUGGGAUUUAUUUUGUACAGUACAUACAGACUCGGGGGGUGGGUGUGUCCAACUUUCUGGUCGCUGUUGGAUUCCCAGCUCCAAUCAGCUUCAACCCAGUGGCAGAAUGGAGGUAAACAGUGCCCGGUUGGGCGUGUGGGGUGCACCCCCAAAGGGGGCAGGGCACGAAGGGAGCCCGCUGUGGCACCCAUGCAGGGGUGCACUUGUGCGCCCCAGUCCAGGAGAGUGGGUGGCAAUGCUCCUCUCGCCGCUGGGCUGGCUGUGAAGAAGCAGAAGCUUCCUUGCUCUUCACAGCCUCUCUCCACCCCCAAGUCUGCCUUCACCCAGGGAAGGGGGAGCCUCGGCUGGGUGCAACAGGCGGGGGCAGGACACUUGGAGGGUGAUCUUCACCCUCCAUGCUCUCCCGCCCCUGCCGCCGGCAGGGCAUGAGGAGGAGGGGGAUCUCAGGCAGAUGCCUGGUUCGCCCCCCCAUUGUGCGCCCAGGGCUACAGCCCCCAUGGCCCCACUGUUUCAGCCAGCAUGGCCAAUGGUUAGGGGUGAUCCAGCUUGUAUGUACUGCACCAAUAUGUGAAUGGCCUCAGAUUCCCCAUUGCUGCUGUCACACCAUGAAUACUGGGGGCUUUCCCCUCUCUUUUAGGAAUUUGAGUGGUCCUCUUGUUUGGGGGGGCAGGGAGAGGUACUUGGUUGUUUUCCAUAAUCCCAACUGGUUCAGACAUUCAUAGAAUUGUAGAGUUGAAAGGACUCCUGAGGGUCAUCUAUGUCCAGCCCCUGCAGUGCAGGACUCCUGACCACAGCCUUGAAGCACCAACCUUCUGGUUUGGUAAAGAGCUUUUGUUUGAACUCUCUCUAUAGUUUUAUGCCUCAAGUCCAGGUGCAGUGGGGAGGAGCAGCAAGGGAUCAGAAACAGGCAUUAAGGGGCAAGGAUUUGUAUCUGGGUGCUUGUUCUACACACAUCCAUUUUGGCCUUCUGAUCAUUCUUGUUGUCUUGCCAACAGCACAAGCAUGUGUACAGCCGCCAUGAACUAUCCACCAACGAAGACGAUAAGCAAAACAAAGAGAUUUUCCACAGGACCAUGAGGAGGCGCCUGGAGUCGUUCAAGAGCACCAAACUAGGCAUGAGCCACCCUAAGAAGAACAAAAUUCACAAGAGAGACCGAGGCCAAAAAAGAGUAAGAGCAGAGCAGUUGAGAUUGCCUCACUAACGCAGGGGGAGGGAACGUGGAGGCCAGGUGCCCAUGCCCUCGUAGGGGUGCCAGGUCUCUGGUGGGUCAAACGCUUUAUUAAUUUAGAAUAUUUAUAACCCACCCCCAGUUUCUCGCACAGCAGCUUGCAAAAGGUUUUCACAGUGAAAUCACAUUCUAUUCUAGCCAUGUGUCCCUGUGGUGCCAGGGUUACCCAGGCAGCGUUUCUUGCCCUCAUCCUUUGUUUCCCCCCUGGCUGCUGCCAGCCAGGUAGCAGCUCCCAUCAAAGUCCUCUGAGGCAGGAGGGUGGGGGACCAAGCCGGUGGGACGCACUUGCUGGCGUAAGAGGCAGUGAACAAGGAGGAGCUUUCUGCAGCCCCUUGGAGUUGUGUGAUUGUUUUCAAACAUUAAAUAGCAGAUAUGAGGGAAGGCUUUCAGGACUCGGCCACAACAUGCAGCGAGAGGUGUUGAAGCCUUUGCACCAUGGUCCUAAGAUGCACAGACAGAGAGCUGCUUUCUGGCACAGGAGUCAAGCUUCCUUGGCCUGGAUGGAAUCCCUUCCAUCCCAUGCCAAACAGCAGUGAAUCAUAGAAUCAUAGAGUUGGAAGAGACCACAAGGGCCAUCGAGUCCAACCCCCUGCCAAGCAGGAAACACCAUCAGAGCACUCCUGACAUAUGGUUGUCAAGCCUCUGCUUAAAGACCUCCAAAGAAGGAGACUCCACCACACUCCUUGGCAGCAAAUUCCACUGUCGAACAGCUCUUACUGUCAGGAAGUUCUUCCUAAUGUUUAGGUGGAAUCUAAACAUUGUGGGGGAAUCUAAACAGUGGGGGGAUUUUGUGUUGGGGUUGCAGCAACAUGGAGAGAGGGGAGGUUUUAAACCCCUCCUGGGCACAGUCCCAGCCCUGUGUGUCUCACACAGACACACACCACACCUGCUAUUUUUUAAUUGGAAAAACAAACGUGCAACAUCAAGUGACAUAUAUAAUGUCACACAUAAUUUGGGUCUGAGACAGGCAGGAUGGGGCAGAGCCUGGGAGAUUGUGUUGACUUUAAAAAAAGAAGUAAUCUCAAUUCUCUCCUUCUACUUGGCUUGCUUUGGUGUGGUUUGUUUUUGCCUUGAUUUUUUCCCUUCCUUAAAAAAACAUUUUGCUGCUGUAUAUUUUAUUUAUUUAGUUGUUUUUGUUUGUUUUUGUUUUGGUGUGUUUUAAUAGUGUGUUGUGAGUUUUCUUUUAAAUGGAAAGGUGGGGUAUAAAUACUUUUAUAAAAUAAACAAACAAACAAAUCAUUCUGCAGUUCAGGAUUAUUGCCCUCUUUUCCAUUGGCCUUUGCCUCACUUUACUACUCUUUUCAAAUCAUUUCACUUUAUUUGUCUCUGUCGUUCUGAAACGAUCUUUUGAGUUCUUUGCAAAAUUACACAUGUGGACUCGUGUAUGCUGAAUUUUCUGGAUGUAAAGCUACAACUUUGCCAAAAGGAAAAACUUGUAAGAACAAAUGUUUUCCAGCCGUGAAGGAGAAGUGGCUGGAAAAUGAGCUGGGAGAGCCACUGUGCUAAACUGCUUCCGCACCAUGCAUGCAAUAUGCUGGUACCUCUUUGAAGCUGCCCAGCCAUCUUUAUGUUAUGGGGUUCCACAAAAAUGCUGCAAGUAAUGAAGUUAAUAAGUAGAUGGGGACUUGAUUUUGCCAGAAGUCAGUGGCAUGCAGACUGUGCCCCUUCCUUGUGCAAGAGCCUGCAGAGACCAUGAAAUGCUGGUGAUCCAAACAGAAUCAGCUUCAACUUUGCAACUCCAACCCUUUCUCCAGCUUUUUAGACGUUGGUGGGGAAUUGGAUCUGGCCGGCAGGCCAAAUCCUGACCCUUCCCCAGCCCCGCCACUUGGAAUCUAAAGUGCGCCUGCAAAAGGGCCGCUUCAAAGGGGCUCACUGUUGCUGUGGGUCAGCUGACUGGCCUGGACAGCAAGCCCCCCUGCAGUGGUCCCCCAACAUCAUAACAGUAACAGGCGAGGGAGAGGUGGGUGGCCCUGCCCAUCUGCCAGAGUGGCCCACAGCAGUGGGGGAGGCCAGGAUCUGAUCUGUUGGUUUGAUCCAGUUUCCCAUCUCCUUAUCUAAAAAGCUCGCAGGAGGAGGGGGAUAGAUCCAGUGAUGGCAAAAGCCUGCCAUCUCUGCCAGUUAUGGAGAGCUUAGCCUUGCCAUGCUGGAGCCAGUAAUCCAUGGUGAGGAACUAUUAGGACCCUUAGGGUGGCUAAUUUCUUGGUGGGUCCUCCCACAGUGGAACUCAGGAGUUCUGCCGCGUAAGGAAUCAACUGCUUCUGCAGCAAGGAGGCGAGAAACAACAAGUCCAGCAUUUCCAAUGAUAGAGAGUUAGGGUUGUUUUUUUCACUCACAGUACAUUUCCAACCUGAUUGGUGUUACUAAGAGAUCUGUGGAAAGACCAACAGAAGAUAUGAUCACUGAGUACUGCUGCUGACUUAGUGGAGCUUUAGGCUGAUGCAUAACUGAGAUUUUGAAAGACUUUGUUUGGGAGCUGGAGCCACGUUCUCUGCACCUACAGGAUGUGCGUUGUUUUCAUCAUCACCAUUGACAUGAAUUUAUUAAUCACCACCUGUGCAAUUGUCUCAAGGUAUAAUAAAAACUUUAUGGCUGCAGCUGCAAUCCUAUACACGCUGUCCAAGGGGAAGUAGCACUGAGAUCAGUGGGACCACCUCUGAAUAAACAUGCCUGGGACUAGGAAUUAUGCUUAUCUGUAGUAAUGCCCCCUUUUGAUGGCAAUGGUGAUUAUGGUUUCAGAGUUUCUUGCACUUUCCAUUGAUGGCCAAGCUGUGUCUCAGAAUGGGGAUGGUGACCUCUGCUGGCCUGAGCAGCAGUUAACAGAUGAAAUGAGCCUUGGCUCUUAUUUUUCGGUGAACAGUGACAACCCUCUGCACCUGGAUUCUCCCACGGUCUCACUUGAUAAAAGUUGAUAAGAUUUCAUGAAUGCCAACACAAUUAUAUAACUUGCAGCUAAGACUAGUUCUAGGUAGACACUGGCAGGCACCAGCUCUACAACCGAUAAAGCAAGCACCCCAAACUCGACCCUCCAGCUGUUUUGGGACUACAAUUCCCAUCAUCCCUGACCACUGGUGCUGUUAGCUAGGGCUGAUGGGAGUUGCAGUCCCAAAACAGCUGGAGGGCCGAGUUUGGGGAUGCCUGCGAUAAAGGAAUGGCUUCAAAGUGCACCCAUGGGCAAGGUGGCAAGCACUACCAGAAGACAACAUGGACCUGGUUUGCAUGGCACAGCAGGCCAGUCUAUGGCACACGGAGACUGCUUGAAGGUGUGGGCUCCCUGAGAGGAGCUCACAGCCGCGUUGCUUCCUCUUCCCUUUUUACUAGAGCUGAGCCAGGGUUUGGCCUGCGGUCAAGCUCUCCGCACUAACUGCCAGACCUGGGCAAACCCAAGUGUCAUGCAAGCCAGGUCAUUCAGCUCUGUUGCUGGAGAAAUGGGCUCCAUUUAUUGGAUCCUGGAGCAAUCAAUGUAAUUUUGAUUACACAAAUUGAAAAUAGGUGAGAGCUCCUUAUACAAUGGAAACACAGAAAAGGUGUAGUGCAAGGCGCUUCACAAGGCUUUUCUGCUAUGUGACACAUGGAAACUCACUUUUUAUUUCACCACUGGAAUAUUUGGGCCCGCAAAAAGAUUCCAAACUUCUUCUGCUUGUAUAUGCUAUGUACCAAAAUGUGUGUGUCAUUUUGCUUGUUUAUUUCAGAGAAAUAGCAAUGUCAUUCCAAAUGGUAAUCUCUCUUCGGAAGCCAUAAAGGAAAAAGGUAAAUGUGCUGUUAAAUUGCUAAUACCUUGACUCCCAUUUGCAAAUAUAUUUGGGUUUGUAUCUUGUUGUAAUUGUCUGAAGUAGAGGUUCUCAAACUAUCUUCCCCCAGGCCCACUUGAGAUGGUCAAAAAUUACUGAGGCCGAACCAUGGCAAUGCAGAGUUGGCCCCAGACACAAAAUGGGGGCAGUGUUUGGCAUCAUCAGCUGGCAACCAUUGGCAUCAUUUGAUUCUGGAAAUUUUUGCCACAACAAGUUUUUUGUGGCAGGGAAUUCUGUAGUUCAGCUUUCCUCAAACUAAGGAUAGACCAUUAACUGAUUCAGACUCUCCACUUUAGAUAGAAUUUGCUCAUCCAGAGCUCUUAACUAGAGAAGGAUUUUCAUUUUUUAUGUUCCCCUCUUUCCCCAUAAAUCUCUUAAAAGUAUUUUUAUUCAUCUCCUAUUAUUUCCACACACCCCGUCACAUCUAACUUGCAUCUUAUUCCCCGUCUCCCCCAGAAUUCCCGGUUUCUUUUAUCCCUCCUCCCUGCUCCUUUUUAUAUUCACUUCUUCUUGUGUAAGUCUCCCUUUCUUAUCCCCUCCCUCUCUAUUUGCAGUUUAUCACUUGCAGAGCCAGUGUGGUGUAGUGGUUAAGUCUCGUAAUCUGGUGAACCGGGUUCGAUUCCCUGCUCCUCCACGUGCAGCUGCUGGGUGACCUUGGGCCAGUCACACUUCUCUGAAGUCUCUCAGCCCCACUCACCUCACAGAGUGUUUGUUGUGGGGGAGGAAGGGAAAGGAGAAUGUCAGCCGCUUUGAGACUCUUUAAAGGGAGUGAAAGGCGGGAUAUCAAAUCCAAACUCUUCUUCUUCAUCAUCAUCAUGAUAAUUUAAAGCAUUAGUUUCCUUCAGUGCCCCUCCCAGUCCCCCCUGACCACCCUGACUCAGUUUCCUCUUCUCUCCCACUCAUCCUCCUGUGGGUGCCCUCCUGCCCACCAGCUCUGCAGCACCAGGAGGCCCUGCCCAAGGCCAGGUGGGCCUUCUGAGGUGGAGCAGGGGGCCAUUGCCUUGGAAUGAGUCAGGGGAGGCUUCCAGGCUCUGUAGGAGACUGGUGGGGAAGCAAAGGGGAUUGGAGUGUGGGCAUGUCCAUGAAGCAGAGGAACAAGAUGGUGUGUCAGCAACCCUGGGUGCUUCUCCCUCGAGUCUCUCCAUUCCUCUUGCCUCAUUCCUUCCUGUUGUCCCUCUGUUCUUACAUUCAGCCAGCCCCUCUGUUCAUCCACUGCCUAUCUCCCCUUUUUAUUUCUUUCCCUCCUGAAUAGUGCUUUGUUCUGUAACCUCCUCUUGCCCCCAUGUAUGCCUUUGGCUUACUUCUCUCAGACACGCUAUGAGCUGCAAACCAUAACAUAGGGUUGCGGUUGCCAUAUUUCAAAGAAACCAGGAAACUACCGAAAUUGUUGAACUUUUUUUUAGACAAACCCCCAAAAUGUGGUUGUGACUUGCCGUAGAUCCAGGACAAAGCGCCACCUUUCAGAAAUUCCCUCCAGACAUCAAUUCUGACUUUGAAAUCCUGGCAAUGUCUGGCAUUUCCCAGACGUGUGGCAGCCCUGAGCUCUGUCUGGAGAAAGCUAAAUCAAGAGUCCAGAUUCAGACAACACACUCAGGGCAGCAGCAGAAGGCCCAGAAGAGCCAAGCAGAUAUUGCCUCUUCCCUGAGAGCACACACAGUUGAGGCUUGCGCUAAGCCAUUGGAUUAACAUUACGUGCAAACCAAGCCAAGGUUAGCAGUUUAAAAUAAUAAAUAAAUAAAUAAAUAAAUAAAUAAAUAAAUAAAUAUUCUAUAAUGCCCUUCAUCCGAGGAUCACAGGGUAGUUUACAAUAUAAAAACACAAAAAAAUAUAACAUAGUAACAAACAAAAACAACAUCCCCCCAUAGAUUGUUUAAUUAGCCAAACUUCCAGCAGUGAGUGAGGGUUGUUUUUUUUUUAAAAAAAUGCCUCAGUUUGCACUACUGUAUAAGACUGUACUGUAAAUUAAUAUUGUUUUCUUCCAGAAAUUGAGUUUUCUGAACCAGAGGAGAAUGAUUAUGACAAUCUACAGACAGGGAGAGCAAUAGAAUUCCUUGCUAAUGUCACCAAGCAGAACUUCACAGAUACAAGUGGUAAGCAUAUGAAUGGCGCGAUUUCACCUCUGCAAUAUUAUAAAAGCAUAUCUUGAUUUUUAUCAUGAUGCUAUCUAACAUAAGUAACUAUAGUUAUAACAACAGACUGAGGAUUAAGGACACCAUAACUGGUGUUAAAUUAAGAAUUUGCACAGAUUCAAAAUCUGAUUAAUUUCCUAAAUCUGAAAUCCAAUUCAAAUGCAGUCUGAUUGCUUAAAACCCUGCAAAAAAUGUCACACACAUUAAAGGGUUUAAAUUCAUCAUGAAAUUGCAAAAUUGUGCAGUACAGUUACAAUGCAGAACUAUUUUUUUCAGUAAUCACUUUCAACUCUGUCCCUGGGAUGAUGAAAUAGUGCUUCAGGUUAUAAUGGAGAGAGAAAUAUUACAGAGUGGUAGCAAAAUUUUUAUGUGGGUUUAUCACGAAGUUCUGUGUUGUUAAGAGAGGUGGUGAACUCUCCUUCCUUGGAGGUUUUUAAGCACAGGUUGGAUGGCCAUUGUCAUGUAUGAUCUAGUUGAGAUUCCUGCAUUGCAGGGGGUUGGAAUAGAUGACCCUCGGGGUCCCUUCCAUCUCUACAAUACCAUGAUUCUGUGAUCAUUCUAUGUGGUCUGUUAGUAACCUCCAUGAAUGGGACUCUGAAUGAAAAGUAUCCUUGGCAUAUUGCGAUGCAGUAGAUAUAAUAUUGUCCUACAGAGGAAAGGGGUCAAGGAAGCUGGGAGCUUUGCUCUUUGCAAUAAGGGAGAUCUCAGUUCGUUAAGCUACAUGAAGAUGAACCACCUCUGCAAUCAGCCCAACACAAUUCUGUGUUCCUAGCCAAUUGGGUGGAGAUUGUUGCAUGCCAGUGAACUUAUUGCCUGUUUACUUAACAAUUGAAUUUGUCACUCCCUGACUUUUUAUAGGCAUUGAUAAUCCAGUAUUUUCAGCUGAUAUCGAACAAAACUCCACCAUGAGGUUUUCGCCUUGGCUCUCUGGAGAAGAGAUGGUGGUGCCAUCCCAACGGGCCAGAGUGCAGAUACCUUAUUCUCCAAACAACUUCCAGCGGAUUGCUCCCAUUCGACUCAGCAAUAGAUCUGUAGACUCCUUUUUGCAAGUAGAUGGUGCUGAAGAGCGGUCUCGAAGUUUCCUCCCAGAAUCAACACACAUGUAA